UAAAUAUGCUCGCUAGAAAGAUCAGAAGAGAAGCUAAUUUAAAGUUCCAAAACCAUCUGGAAAGAGAACAACUUGGAGCUACUCCUGAUGAUGGUGCUUUCGAACCAGACUCAAACCCUGAGUCAUUCAUAGAUCCAAGAAGUUCAUUUAUGGGUGAAUCAGAGUCUUCCUCAAGUAUUGGCACUAGUAACAUCGGGAAUAAUGCCCAAAGGAAUAAUAUUUUGAACAAAAAGAAAGAAUCUGAGAAAGCUAUAUUGCUAAAAAUAAAAUAAAUUAAGCAAAAGAAUUACUUAUUUGGAUUUCUCAAACCUCACAAUUGCCAUUUUUGGAGUGCUGUUUGCACAAGCUGAUGCUGAUGUCUUUGCUUAUGAGUAUAAACUAAAACCUGCAGAGAUAGCACUUCGAACGAUUGUGAGUGUUCUAACCUUAUUGCUAAUAUCCUGACUUAUCAUGAGAUACAUACUAAUAUGUAAGAAGCUGAAGAUCAUAGAGCCUACCAAACGAUGGUUAGAUUUGAAAGAACUCAGGAAAUUGGUACUUGAGAUCCUGAUAUGUGGAAUUCAUAGUCCACCCUACUUUGGCACUGAAAAGGUCUUCUUUGAAUACAGACAAAUCGGAGGUCGUAUUCGAUAUCCACUUGAUACCUUCAUUUUCCUGUGAAUGAUGGCCAGAGCUUACCUUGUCCUUCGAGUUCUUAGAGAGUUCUCCCUCUUUAACUAUGAAUACACUGAUAAGUUUAUUUACAGCACAGAGCUAGAAUCGAAUUUAUCAUACAACAUAAUAAUAAAAUCAUUGUUCAAGAGGAGACCUUACUUGAUGCUUACAACAUAUUUCAUAUUAUCUUCUUGAUGAUUGGCGUUUGCAGUACGGAUGUUUGAGAGGCCCUUCUAUGAUGACCCAAAAGUGUCUAAUAUAGAAAGUGACGACCCAUCAUACCAAGAUUACAGUCUCUUCAAUAAUGCUUGGUGGCUAAUAGUAGUAACAAUGACAACAGUUGGCUAUGGAGACUAUUACCCCAGGACUCAUCUAGGGAGAUUUGUAGUAAUUCUCUCAUGCUUCUGUGGGGUAUUCAUGGUGUCAAUGUCUGUAGUCACACUUACUUCAGCAUCUGAAUUCACUCGAGGCGAGAAGUCUACCUAUGAAAUCCUCCACAGACUAAAACAAAGAAAAGCAAUUGAAAAUGCUGCCAGAAAAGUUAUAUUCUAUAAUCUUGCUUAUUUCUAUUUGAAAUAAAAGGCUCAGACUAAAGGAGCAAAAGAGAAAAGAAGAGAGGAAGGAGUUCAACCUCAGAACCUCAAGUGGUAUGCAGGAAGUACAUACAGACGAUAAGAACAAGCUCAUUGUGAACAAAGAAGAUGUCCCGUAUUACACCAAGUUACGCCAGUUGACAGAAAACAAGAAGAGAUAUGAGAGCAUCUUCAAUGCUCGCAGAAAAGGACUGAUUCCUAUUGAUACAGAGGAGCAUGUUAAGUAUGAUUACUCCAAAAUACAGAAGCGAAUGGCAAUGGCUUAUACUAUUGAGAAGGGUUUACUCGAUACUCUUCAUAUUCAAGAAAAGCAAGAGAAAUAUCUCAAAAUGACACUAAAUAAUUUCAGAAAAGUGCAAUUAGAGACAAAUAGACUUAGCAUGCUUCAGCGAAGUUUUGCAAUGAGGCCCAGGUCAGAUAAUAAUAGUACUGAUGAUGCAGACAAGAAGUCUUAUUACCAUCAAACCUCGUCAAGUGUAGUUGCUCCUUCAGGAACAUCAAAUUUCAAAGGACAAAAGAGAACAGCACCUAAUGGAAGUGGAGAUUCUUCGAUAGAUCCUUACUCUACAAAAGAAAAAAUAGAAAAUAAAAUAGCUAAACUCCAAAAUGAGCUACUUAAACUAAAGCAAGAGGAGAAUUCUGAUCAUCUUAAACGCACUAAUACCUCUAAAUUUGGUAAAAGUCUGAAAAGAGGGCAUAUGCUCAACAGUGAAUCUCGUUUUUCAACUGCUUCAAGAAAAUCUUCCCUUAUGAAAAGCCCUGUAAGUGUUAGCCAGAAAGGCUUUAAUCAGAAGAAAGAAUCUGAUACAAGAAUCUUAGCUUUCGAGAGAUGAGAAUUUUCACCUCGAUCCAGAAAGCAGAAAUCCGUGAGUAGUCCCUCCUCUUCAAAAGAAUCCAUUUCAUCAGGUUAUAAAGAUGAUGAAUCAGAGAUAAACCGCCUUGAUAAUUUACUCAAGCCGAAUGCUAUAGUUUCAAAAAUCCCUCAGCGUCGCUCUCCUCUUGUAGUAUCUCCGCCAAUAGGGUCUCCUCCAAGAUCAACUUCUCCACGAAGGCGGUCUUCGGUCAGGAUCCAAGAGCCGGAAUCUAAGUACUUUACAGAGAAAGACAUAACCGAGAACCUCAAAAUUGGAGGGAAAUCUUCUGGUAAAUUGCCAUUAAGAAGACAAGCAACAAACAUCAAUUUAAAAGAAAUACAUAAUUUGUAUCCUACUAUUGAUGAACAAGAGGGUAAAGAAGAAAGUGUAGAUGACUCUAGCCAAGAUCCUACCUCUAAACAGGGCCAGUUGAAAGAGAUGAAAGAAAUGUUCUACACCAAAAAUUCCAAACCUCCCAAAAAUGCCAACCCUCCUAAAACGAUCAUCAAUCGUAGGUUCAAGUCUAAGAUGCUUUCCUUGUUCGAUUAA